AUGACGUCCGUGGCGAGGAGGCGAGAACAAGACGAUUCGGGUGAAUACUCCGAUGCAUCGCAAGAUAUCGAGCAGAACCACUCAGGGAAUGAUGGUGGCCAGCAUGAAUCAGAUUAUGAUUCUCAAGGGAGUGACUCUGAGCGGUCUGAUGGGGAUCCAGAGAAACAGGAAACGGAGCGACGUGUAGAUGACGAUGAGGACCGCAGCAAUCCACAAUAUAUUCCCAAGAGGGGCACUUUCUAUGAGCACGAUGAUAGAACAGCUGCUAGUGGAGAAGAAUCGACGAACACGACGUCAGAGACGCCAUCGGAAAAGAAGGAUGGUAGUGAAACGCCGGUUGAGCGUCGUCGCCCGCCACGCAAGUCUGAAACACUUAACAAGUGGUCACAUGACAAGUAUAAUGAGAAUGAACAGAUGCCAAAAUCUCGUGACGAAUUAGUAGCAAUAUACGGCUACGAUAUAAGGAAUGAAGACGCUCCGCCGCAUGCCAGACGCAAUAGGCGAUACGGUCGUGGACCUAAUAAGUAUACCAGAACUUGGGAGGACGAAGAGGCGUAUAAACGUCAAACUUUGCAAACACCACACAAGAAACCACCAAGUCCAGCCGACUUCCCUGAACUCAACGCUGCUAAUAAACCUGGUAGAAAAUCUCGAGCUCGCCCGCGCUCUAAAUCUCAGCCAGCGUCCAACGAGUCGUCUGAGAACGGAUCGCAGUUACGCAGAAAUGCCUCGAUAAAAACGCCUAAACAGAAACCGAUGAAACAAAAUACGCCCAAACAAGGACAAAAACAACCCCUAACCAAGAGUAACGUGGAGAAACUGACGCUUGAAAAUCUCACUAUUACGACCAAUAUUAAUAAUAAUCAAGGUCCGCCUCAAAGGAAAGUGAACGCGGUGGCUCAGCAACGGCCGGUGCCCACUGAGCAGAGCAAGAGGAAGCCUACGCCUACACAGGCAACAAACCAGCAGACGCAGAAUAACGCCCAAAAACAACAGAAACCGCAACAAACGCAACAACAAAACGCUAAUGCUGGUGCAGAGAACCGCGCUGUGAAACGAUACAGUAGUCUUCGUCAGCGACCACUCGCAGAGGCGUACUCGCCGCAGCAACCGCAACCCGCGCAACCUCAAAAUCAAAACCAGCAACCAAACCAAAACCAAAACCAGCAACAACAGAAUCAGCAACCGAACCAGCAGCAACAUAGAUAUCAUGGUGAGUUCCCUACCGGGCAAGCCGCGCCGCUGCCGCCACAGCCCCACCAAGGCAGCCCUGGACCACAAAUGCAUCCACAACAAAUUAUACACCCUCAGGUGCAUAGAAACGCAGUGAGCCAGACGCCGCACGGGCCGUCGCCGCCGCACCAGCCGCUGCCGCAGCCGCCGCACACGCAACAGCAAGUGAGGCUGGGUAUCUUGGAGCAACAGCAGAUGGUCUCCCACCCGCACCACACUAUACACAAUAUGCCGCCACAACCACACAAUAUUGGACAAUUACAACCGUCACAAGGUUACGCACCGCCCGCCAUGAUGCCUGCGCAGUACAUGCAGCAAGGAGGUACCGGCGGCGUGUUCAGCGCGGCGCCCAUGUACCAGCCGCCGGCCGCCUACCCCCACCCGCAGCUGUACCCACAUCAUAAUUAUCAAGGUACACACGCCGGCGGUGUGACAUACUACAGCUGUGCGGAGCAGGAGGCGGCGCAGCGGCCACAGCGACGCCCGACCGCCGCCAUACCUAUAGUGCGUCCCGCCCAAAACGCCCAGACCGCUCAAACCGCCCAAUCCGCUCCGCCCGCCCAGCCGCCUCUGCCCGCCCAGGUGGCGUCGCCAGCGCAGACUGACAGACCGGCGAAUUCUUCAGAGAAGGAACACAUAGAUAGGAUUGUAGAAAACAUGUUCGUGAGAAAACCUUGGCCGGCCACGCAUGGUGCUGAUUCGUCAAAAGAUAAACCCGAAACGCGUAACUCGCAAGAACCGCAAAGCAAAGAGCCGUCUCAGCCCAACAGUCUCACAUCCAGCUCGAUAUCUAUCGAUUCGAAAACUGAGAAAACAGAGAAACCGGAGAAACAAGAGAAACAGGAGUGUGAGAAGGCGGAGAGCACAGAGAGAACGGAGAGCGAAGACGCC